UUUCCGUGGUGUCCAAGUAUGUUAUCCCAUUUACUCAGUUGACUCCUUUUCACAAAUCCACUACAACAACAAAAAUAAAAUGUCAUUAUCAAGCGAAAUGUGUGACACUAUUUGCCAAGAGAUUCACAGUUGUUGUGAGCUAAAUAACCACUUGAUCCAAGUUUUAGCUGCUCUAAACACUAACCAACGCCACAAAAUCAAAGAAAAAUACAUGGAGUUGUAUGGAGAAGACCCUUUUCUCGGUUUCCAAAAUAGCAUUCACAGAAAUGAUCCACUGAUUUCAUCUUCUACUAAUAGUAAUAGUAAUACUUCAUCAUCAUCAAUGGCAGCUUUGGGGUUGGCCAUGUUGUUGAAAAAUCCACACCAGCGUGAUGCAGAUGUGGCUAGGGAAGCAUUAGAGGAGAAUGAGGUCAAUUACAGAGCUUUAAUGGAGAUAUUUACCUGUAGAAAAUCUAGCCAUGUUGCUCUGAUUCGACAAGCUUAUUUGACUAAGUUUAGAAGGCAUUUGGACAAUGACAUUUCCUCCAUUGAACCUCCUCAUCCUUGUCAAAAAAUACUAAUGGCAUUAUCAGCAUCACACAAAGCACACAAUGCGGAUAUUAGCCAACACAUAGCCAAAUGUGAUGCGAGGAGAUUAUACCAAACAGGGGAGGGAAGAACCGGUGUCACUGUUGAUGAAGCUGUUGUCUUGGAGAUUCUCAGUAAAAGAAGCAUUCCACAGCUCAAACUCACCUUUUCUAGCUAUAAACACAUUUAUGGCCAUAGUUAUGCCAAAUAUUUGAAAUUUGGAAAAUGUGGAGAGUUGGAGGAAGCAGUGGAAGCAGUAGUCAAAUACAUCUGCAGCCCCACAAAGUAUUUUUCUCAGGUGCUGUAUGAAUGCUUAAAGGGGACAACAAGGGAUAAAGGAGCAUUGAUGAGAAUAAUGGCAAGUAGGGCAGAGGUUGACAUGGAAGAUAUUCAAGUGGCCUUCAACAAGAAAUAUGGAGUUCAUCUUAAAAAUGCCAUUUGUCAAAGUAUUCCUCAAGGAGACUACAGAGACUUUCUCGUAACAUUGACUACCAAUACAUCUACGCCUACUUCUCUUUAAACUUUUUUCUUGAAAAUAUUACUUAUGCACUUAACCUACAUGUAAAGGGGGCAUACAGCUCAUAUUUUGGGUACGAAUAGGUAUCUUUUGGAUUACUAUCCUUAUCGUAAUUGGAUGUAUUGCUUUUAAUUUUCACUGCCAAUAUAUAACUUGAUCAACUCGUUACAAGUUA